CGAGCUCCGUUUGUCUCCUCUGACACUGCAGGAGACUCGGCCGGCAAAGCGCCAAAGAUAGCUAUCAUAGAAGCGGGAGGGCGAGUGAGAAAAGGGAGAGACAGGAGAGGGCAGGCGUAGCUUCAGCCACAUUCACCUGUCAGCGUGGAGAAUUUGAGAAAUGCCUUUGCUUUGCCUCUUGACUAGCGUUGUCUUAUUGCUAAUUGUUCAGUGUGGAUCAUGGACAGGGGCGAACCGUUUGGGCCCCUUCAAGGUCUGUCCUAGUUGUAGGGAUCCGCCGGGGGCAGGGAGGCCCCCCAGGGAGCAAAACGUUGCCGGCGGCACGUCGGCGUUGGCCCGGGGAGAGCCCUGUGGCGUGUACACCCAGAGCUGUGCCAAGGGGCUCCGCUGUGUGCCCCCGCCACGGGAGCACAGCCCCCUUCAGGCUCUUUUGCAAGGCAGGGGCGUUUGUGUCAAGUACAGCAAGACCAGUCCCACUGAGAGGCCCCACCCGUCAGGACCUCAUCCUUCACACAGUGGUGACAUUGAAAAAGCACCGUGUCGCAAACUGCUCAACAGUGUCCUGAGAGGUUUGCAGCUGACCAUCAUCCAGUCUGACCGCGACAUUUAUGUACCGAACUGUGACACCCGGGGCUUCUACAGAAAAAAGCAGUGCCGCUCUUCCAAAGGCACGCGGCGCGGCCACUGCUGGUGCGUGGACGAGCUGGGCACACCGGUGCCCUCGCGCGGCGGCGAGGACGGCGUCCUACCGUGCGACGGGCAGUGAGAGCCCAGCCCGCGCUAUGGUUCUGCGCCUGGAUGACGAGGAGGGAAGGAGAGGUGCUCGGGGGAGACGACGGGAGCUUUACCGUGGGCUAGACUACAUGGAUCGGCACCGCCUGGACAGAAGGUAGCAGGGAAAAAACAAAAAACAAAAAAAAAACCACUUCUGUCAGUCGUGAAGAAAGACACGCAGGGAUGAGAACAUCCGCGCCGACGUCCAUCUUGUCCCGGCUGCCGGGUUACGGUCCAUUUGUCUUUUUCGUCGGACGUUAGUUCCCAUCUCAGCGGGCUGAAAUACUGUUAUGCGGGUGAUGUGACACAAUGCUUGACAAAUGUGUCUCCCUCACCAUCCUCUCAAUCUCCCUCUCUCCAAAGAUACACCGAUCUCAUUUGUUUUACAUCCUGCUUUAGGCUUACAACCAUACAAGCUGAUAUAUUUGUAUAUGCCGUGUCUGAAAAAAAUGGUCCAAUGAAAUCCAUCCAGGACGCUUUAUUCGUCAACUCGGUGUGGUGACUGCUUGUGGGCUGAUUGUUUGUACAAAUGUUGAACUUUUGUGCGUUGUGAAGCGGCAGACAAAAAGCGUACAGCUGUUAUUCUUGUCAAAAAGUCGUAAGGUAUAUUUUUAUACACCUCGAUAUAUUUUAUAUAUAAAUUAUUGCUUUAUUUAAGGAACUACAGUAUAAUACCAUGUAUUUUUAUAUUGUUAGCUAUUCCCUAUUUUAAGACAGAUUAUUUGGUUUCAUGUUGGUGGAAGUCUAAUGCUUUCUGAAAAAUAAUUGUACAUCAUAUUUUCUUUACACUUUUUAUUGAUGCUUUGAGAAUGUCCAUCAUACUAUUAUGUUCUGCCCUUCCUAAUACUGUGCUGUGCUUCUGAUUUGAACAGGCAAGACACAAACAAGUCUUGCCAAAUCCCUAAAAAUCGUGUGUUAAGUGGAAUUACAAUUUUGCCAUUUCUGACCAAUCUUGUUGUGUCGAUGUGUUACUGUGAUGGAUGUUUGCACACAAAGGACAUGAAACAUAAUGAUAACAAAUACGGAAACGAAUAAAACAUACAUU